CGCACCGUCCAGCCCUCCAUGACUCCCCGUCGGCUCGCUCGUUAACAGUCAGGUGUGGCGCUCACGACGCCCACACCCGCCGCCGCCCACCUCCUGCUGCUCUGGCCCUGCACCCUGGCCCCGCCCCUGUGCCACGAGGCCGCCGCCGCACUGUUUGUCAGUCCCCACACGGCGGCCGCCACACGUGACACUCGCCCGUCCCGCAGGUCACGUCUCGCACCCGCCCGGAAUACCGCCCGGCGACGCCCUGUGACAGUGACGCCCAUCACGCACGCCGGGCACGCGCCCUGCCACGUCCGCCACGCACCGCGCUGCCUGCCUGCCUGCUAGACCUGGGCACGCUCGCCGUGGGAGACCCGUGCCCAACACGUGUUUGUGUGCCAACCCGCCCGCAGCCGUCCACUCGCGCCCUCAGUGUUGUGACGGCAGCGUGGAAGUGACCUCCUUCAGUGUGUGUGUGCGGCGAUUCCCGUGUUGUGACCUGUGUCCGUGGGGAAAUUACGACAUCUUGUUUUUCUUUUUAAAAACGUGACCUCGACAGCGGGUAACCACCCUCCUCCCCUCCUCACCUCCCCGAGUGUAACAGAGUUUAGUGACCUGUGCUGUAGUGACCCUCCCCUGCGCUGCGCCUCCCGUGACAGUGGCGUGUUUGUGUCUGUGGAAGAAGCUUCACUCAACCAGUGAUUACUGUAUACUGUCCAGCCUUAGCAACAUCGGACUCGCGUCACUGGCUGCUGGGAAGACUGCGAGCUCUCCGUCACAAGCCUGGAAUUCACGUAUGAAAAUUCUGGUCAUUGCCAUUUAUUGUGAAGUCAACAAGAAGUGUUUGUCUUUAUUACAUGAAACACACCAAGAUAAGGACUAAUCUCUCGUCAGCCCCCUCAUAAGCCCAGUCUUGCUCAAUUAACUCACUAGCGCAUCCUUCGCCUCCACUCACUUCCCGUCUCACUCCCGACCCGACAACCUUUCUGCUUUGUCAGUCAAGAAAGCCAGGUUUCGGUACAUAUCAGUUAAAAAGUAGUAAUCAGACCUCCAAAGAGAUAAUCUUGGUCACGAAGUGCACCGGUGCGGAAAGUGGUGACGAGAUACAGAGAGAGGGAAAGAAGAGAGAGAAAGCAAGAGGAAGAGAGAAGAGAGAGAAAGAGGAAGAGAGAGAGAGAGGGAAAGAAAAAAAUCGGGUCGAAGGAAGUUAGCCGCGACAGGGGAACUCGACCGCGCGGCGUGUUGGCCCCGAGGGAGGAAAUGAGUGUGUCAUAAAAGCCGAAAGAAGCCGCGAACACAUAUACAUAUAUGCACCUGUGGCUCCCGGGGACCCGCCCACCGAAACCGGAAUUCCAUGAGCAAGACGAGUGCACCGCGACGAGGAAGAGGAACAUCUGCAAAAAAGGCUUCCGAAAGAAUUCCGCAGAAGAUUGUAGAUUCGAUUCAUUGGAAUUUCCCUCAACGUCGGAAGCACCUGCUCUCGGCCCGUGUCGCCGUUCAGUCACGUCGCCCUUCUUCAUUUGGCGGCGACCAGACCUGCCCAGGCGUUGCAGCGGAUUAACAGCAGGAGAGACAAAUAAGAUACCGGAAGACGACCAUUCGCCCGAGUGAUUAGUCGGAGCAACCGCCGAUACGGCCGCGGAGGCGAGCGAGGGAAGGCAAAACCACCGGCGGGCCAUCCGUCUUACGCAGUUUUUACUCCAUUAAUAGUGUAAUCACUUCUGUUCUACCUUCGGCUUAUUGCUGUCGGGUAUAAUUGCUGCUUUAUAACGCAGACGAGCGACGUCAGUGGAAGAGCAAUGUUGCCAAAGAACCACAGGAACCGCGUUGGUCGUUAAACCCCUAGAUUUCGCUGUUUUUAGGGGGUUCCGUGUGUUUGCUCCGUGUACGUUUUUUGUGUGCUGUGUACGUGUGUGUGCUUGUGUUUUGCCGACCGGACCUGGCCAACGCGAUGCGCAACUGACCCGGAGACCGCUCGUCCUCCCGCUCCAGUUCGGGAACACCAACCAAAGAUAAGUAGUUGUCCAGCGUCUUAUGCCUCGUCCUGGCUGAGAUUUCUCUCCGUCGAGGCAUCCAGCGCAGACGACACCUUCGUACCCCGAGUUCUGUCGCUCGAGGGGCACCCAUUCUUCACCUGCCGGAACCCGUGAUCCCAACGCGGAGACAAGAUGGCUGAUUGGUACGGCUCGCGCGAGCAGCUCAUGUCUCUCCAUGGGCUCGACACGGCGAUGCUUGGGUACGGCAUGAGCGCAGCGGCAUUCCCGCCCAUCCAGCCAGACGCUUACUCUCACGCCCAUGCCCAUGCAGCAGCGGCAGCAGCAUAUAAUUUUCAGCGACAGCCAUCGGUCACUCCAGGAUUUGCGCACUCAUGUUUCGCGCCCGACCAACAAUGGCGACAAUUGCCAGACGGAAGUAUCCUGGAGCUUCGGAAGGAAAAAUCCAGAGACGCGGCGAGGUCCAGAAGAGGCAAGGAGAACUACGAAUUCUACGAGUUAGCCAAGAUGCUGCCCCUCCCCGCCGCCAUCACCUCCCAGCUGGACAAAGCUUCAAUCAUCAGACUCACCAUCUCCUACCUCAAGCUUCGCGAAUUCACACUGCAUGGUGACCCUCCGUGGCCGCGGGACAGCUCCGGGAACAAGUCUUUGAAAUCCAAUCGUAUGUACAACCAAACAGCCGGGGGCAACCUCAGACCGAGAUCGAUGUCGGGCAUGACGAUGGACAUCUUCGAGACACACCAGGGCACCCACAUCCUCCAGAGCCUCGACGGGUUCGCCUUCUCCUUAGCGGCCGACGGCAGGUUCCUCUACGUGUCCGAGACCGUCUCCAUAUACCUUGGCCUCUCGCAGGUUGAAAUGACCGGCAGUAGCGUGUUCGACUACAUUCACCAGCAAGACCACCAGGAACUUGCUGACCAAGUAGGUCUGACCUUAGCCACGGGUCAGCCUUUGCCCUCCCCCUCCUCUUUAGGGUCAGAGGAAGGGGCAGCAGGGUCACAGGGAACUAUGAACCCUGACGGUAAGCCUCCAUUGGCUUCAUCCAUGUCCAUCUCCAGCGCCUCCAUGUUCAAAGGCUUCGAUCGGGCCUUCUGCAUCCGCAUGAAGUCGACGCUGACGAAGAGAGGCUGCCACUUUAAGAGCUCGGGAUACAGGGUUGUGUUGAUCCUGGGACACCUACGACCACAGUACGUGUUCAGCCACUCCCGCAAGAACCCCCCUCAGCUGAUGGGUCUUGUCGCCCUGGCCAUCGCCCUCCCUCCGCCGUCGGUGCACGAAGUCAGGCUCGAGUCGGACAUGUUCGUCACGAGGAUCACCUUCGACUUCAGAAUAGCACACUGUGAACCCAAAGUGACCGACCUCCUGGACUACACCGCCGACGAGCUCCAAGGGCGGUCCUUGUACUCGCUCUGCCACGGCCAAGACGUCGAGAAGCUCCGCAAGACACAUGUCGAUCUGAUCCAGAAAGGUCAGGUCAUGAGUCCGUAUUUCCGGAUAUUGAACAAGACCGGCGGAUACACGUGGAUGCAGACCUGCGCCACCGUCGUCAUCAACAGCAAAAACGGAGACGAACAGAACAUCAUCUGCGUCAACUACAUCAUAAGCGGGUCCGAGUACGACAGCGUGGUGCUCGACCAGACCCAGCUUGACCCCGCCCUGGCCAACAUGAAGUCGGAUGACCUCGAUUACCCCAACAGCGCCACGCCGGAACCCUCAGAAGCGAGCUCAGGCGUCGUGGGCGAGGACACCGGCGGGUCGCCCAGAGCCUCCGCCAACACCACGGGCGGAGGGGCUGCUCAGGGGGGCACCCGCUCCCCCUCGGGCCCGUCGGAGGCCAUCCCGACCGCACUCCGAGGUACUCCCAGUAUUCCCUUAGACGGGUCUCAGAUUAAGACGGAGGCCCCUGGCGGCCUAUUGACUCCGAUGGUGAAUGCUGACAUCGCAGAGGAGUCUCGAGGAGGGUGCGAGGGCGCGCCGUCCCCGGGCCGGCACUCCGCUCCCCCCGUGUCGACGCCCGGGACCCCACACGCCCGCGCCACGCCCAUGCUCACCACCACUCCUCUGGAGGCGUCGCCCGGAGCCCCCGUCGCGCCCGCCAGGAGCGAUGAAGGCUCCGUCAGAGACCUGGAGGCCGCGAUGACCAGACACCUGCCGGACGACCCCACCGACUUCUCGACGGACGCCCUGCUGAAGGGCGGCGCUACGUCAGCUGCGGGCGGAGGCGCAGGCCAGAGGCCCACCAUCCAGUACGUCGGAGGCACCAGCAGCCAGCAGGCGUCAGCAGGCCUCCCGGCGUCCACGCUGCUGCGGCAGCUGUACGCCAGCAGGGAGAGCGUCAUCCGCUCGUCGGUGCAGAGGUCGUACUACUCCGACGUGGGAUCGGCGCUGCCCACGCCGCCCGGCUCCGAGAGCUACCAGGACACCAUGUUCAACAAGGGGCACGAUUUCCCGUACCCCGGCGGAGGCCUGGCGGGCACCGGCUACCCCGACUACCACUCCGCGAUGACACCGCCUUCCAGCGUGUCCCCGCGAGAGAAAAUGGCUGGGGAUUGUGGCGACCUGAGGGGGGCGUCGGGGACUUACCUGGGGGAGGGCGGUGGCAUGCCCGCCCAGCCAGUGCCUCUCAAGCCACAGGUGUACUCCUACGGGUCGUCCGGAGUGCCGCUGGACUCCUCCGCGUACUCCACGCCGCUCGCAGACCAGGCAGGCCUGUACACGCCCUCCAGCUUUCACCUGUACCACUCCAACACCACCAAGACGGCCACCUCGUACGACAGCCUGCGCCCGGGCGGCACGUGGUACGCCCCGUCGUCAUAGCACCAGUAGGGAGGCCGACCUCGCAGGACUCGUCGUGCAGGCAGCCGUUCGUGCUCGGAGGCCGCCGUGCAGCUGAAGGAAGGUGGCCGAGUCGCGGCCGCUCUGGUGUCGAAACACUCGCGGCUCUCGUCGGCA